AAAAGAAAGAAAAGAAAAGACUAGCUGCGGGCGGCUGCGGCUGCUUUCUGCUUUCUUUCUUUCUUUCUUUCUUUCCCAAUCAAUCAAUCAAUCAAUCCAUCCAUCCAUCCAUCCAGAUAAAAAUCCAACCUUUCUCCAAUCUCUCCUCUUCUUCUUCUUCCCCAAUUUGCCCUCCCUCCCUUCCCCAAAACAUUCCCCAAUCUCGCUCGCUUCUCCUCCUCAACUGUCAACUGGCGAGGGGAGCUCCAAUCCAAAAUCGAAUCGAAUCCCACUGGACUGGAGCCAGCCAGCCAGAUCCGUGUCGUGCGCGCAUGAAGACGAAGCUGCUCUGCUCUCGCCGUGGUUGAGCCAGGCACGACGACUCUGCCUCCUGCUGCUUCGUGUCCGGGAGCAGGAGCCGGGAGGGAGGAAGAUGCGCAUGCGGGUGCUGCCGGCGUUCAGCUUCAGCUUCAGCACCGCCGCCGCCGCCGCUGAGCCGCCGACGGCUGCUCCUUCGGUUGCUCCGGCCCCGGCUCCGGCGCCGGCUGCGACCUACGCGGUGUACCUCAACAUCUACGACAUCUCCCCCAUCAACAACUACCUCUACUGGUUCGGCCUCGGCAUCUUCCACUCCGCCGUCCAAGUGCAUGGUAUGGAGUUUGGGUAUGGAGCCCACGAAUACGCGACCAGCGGAGUGUUCCAAGUAGAACCGAAAAGCUGUCCUGGCUUUAUCUUCAGGCGCUCCGUGUGUAUGGGCACCACCAAUAUGUCCCGGGCUGAAGUCCGCGCUUUCCUAGAGGAUCUGGCAGAGGAUUAUCAUGGGGACACCUAUCACUUGAUUGUCAAGAACUGUAACCAUUUCACAGCUGACGUCUGUAAGCGUUUGACUGGAAAGCCAACUCCUGGAUGGGUGAAUCGACUUGCCAGAUUAGGUUCCGUCUGCAACUGUGUUCUGCCUGAAAACAUCAAGGUUUCAGCGGUCAGAGAUGAAACUGCACACCUUGAAUUUUCUGAUGAUGAUUUGGAGUCGGACACAUCGAUCAUCGACAGCGACAUCGGUGAUCUAGAUCACCUCCUCACAACGCCAAACAGCGACGUCGUACCUCCGAAAGACAAGACGUUAACUCCUGGAAGAGAUAGCUUGUAAUUGUUUCAGGUUAUUUAUGCACAGCAUUACCUGCUUCCGGGUUGUUUGCUGAGGAUGGGGAGAUCUUAGCCGUGGUGCUGAUGUCCUCUUGCCAAUGGCGGUGGCGGAUCCUGAUACUGAUCCGGUCGAAGUUGCUGCUAUAUAUAUGUUGAUGUAGAGAGCGGGGGUAGCGGGUGUGGCUUGUGUAAUCGUGGCGAAGGCCAAGUUAACCAACACGUGUGAGAUGGUUGCGUGCAUAGUUGAUUGUAACUUUUAAUUGUUUUUGACAGUAGAGUGCAGGUGUAUAGUGCUUGUGUAACUAGCUGUUGGGUUUAUUUGACAAUUGUUUUGUUGUGUAAGUACAAAAUGGCUUGACUUGAUGUUGUUUCCUUCGCUGAAAUUAAUGCGGUGUGUAUCUAAA